UUGUAACUACCGUCAACCCUGCCCUCAACCCUCAAAUAUUCUGUCCACUUUCCGUUGGCUAUCCUAUCGCCUAAUAUGUCAGUCAAAGAUUUGACCGCCAAUGACAUCCGGAGCAAUUUACAUUCCAGCCUACCGAAAAAAAUCCUUCGAGAGGCCUAUGUCUCGUCCCUCAGCGGAACCAUCCAACCUUCUGGUUCACCAGCUCCAAGGGUAACCUUCACCAUCAAAACUGAAUUCGCAAGGUCUCCCAAUACCUACGAAAGACAGGAGGUAGUGAAAGAGGCUUUCGUGAUCAAAAUUGAGCUGUAUUCUGCAGAGUGGCACCCUUUCAAUGGCAGUGGUAAGCCAGAACCUCGAAAGGCUCGUGCAGUUAAGAAGGAUCUUGAGAAAUCCUUGGAAACUGUUCGCAACCUGAAGACUCGAUUGGUGAAGGAAAUUGAUUUGGGAGAAAUGAAAGUUCUUGAUAUUCAAACUCCAAAACUGAGUGACCCCAAACAAAAACCGUACACAGAUGUAGUUCUGGCUGGUGUUGGGGGAUUAACUCUCAAGUUCAAUGAUAGAACCAUCAAGAUUAUCAAUGAACCCAAAAUUCCUAUGACUAAGGUCCACUGCUCUCGUUCUUAUUCCGGCGAUUCACGUGAACUCCUUAGGCCUGCAACAGCUAUCAAUAUCCCAGUCGUCAAACCAGUCAGACCUCUUUCCGAAUUUCAACCUCCAGACCAGCUCUUGGUAGACGCUCGUAAACGAUCAAGCGAAGAAUUGGAUCCCAGUGCCAAACGACAUCGUAGUGAUGAACGACCUGCCGACUCCCUCGUUACUGCCCCAGCGCCUCCAACUGUGGUGAAUUUGAGCUCAAACCUCACACCGACGAACGCCCCUUCUGUUCCUGCCCCUAGAGCUGCGUCUGCUGUAAGAAGGGUACAAAUACAAGGCGAUGGUUGGAUAAGCUUUGGUCCUAGCGCAAAUCAGCCCACGCUUCCUGCUGGUCCUCAGUCGGGUGACAAUACGUCUAUAAGCGGUGCUAUUGGUGAAACCGGAAGUGUCACCCAACGCGCUGUACUUCCAAGCGGAUCUGAACUCAAUAAAGGAUUUAGAGCGAAGAACGGUACUAUAUAUCACACGCUCGAGGAGAUUGCAGCUUUUACAAAUAGAAUGAACGGUAUCGGUGCUGUAGGCGUAGUCGGUCAUAUCAAUGGGCCCUCACCGCCUACGAGAAAUGGCAAAGAUUGGAUUAUAUCUCUCGUUUUGACAGACCCUAGCAACGCUAUCGCUUCUGAACAACUUGUUUUGGCGAUUUUCAGAAGGGAUGGCGAACUUCUCAAGAAUAAAUUCAAAAUUGGCGACGUCGUGCUAUGCCGCAAUUGUUUUUCAACCAGAUUCAACGAUAAGUCGAAACUGAAUUGUGGAAGUAACAGUGAUCAGCUUUUCAUUUGGCGCGGUGGCCGACAACCAAUUAAUCCUUCGGAAUAUCAGAAAUAUCCGCUGGGCGACGAUGAGUUGGAGAGGAUGAAGGCUUUAUGGAGCUGGAAUACAGCUUCGAGCACGGGCAAGCAGAUUGUGGAUGGGAUGAGCGGGAAGAAGGCAAAGAUGAUGUAUCUUGCCAACGUUGAAGUCGGGAAUUUCUUCGAUGGCAAUGUCAAAAUUUUGAAAGUAAUCGAUAACCUCAAAGAGCAGAGGCAAGGCCCCGCUCUCGAAGUGUACAUUACGGACGGGACGUGCCCUGUCCGAGCAGGCCAUAUCAAUUCCAACUUUCACAAUUUGGCCUUCGGUCUGCCUCCCGAGGCUGUCUUCUGUGUCGCCAUAGACGAUUUCGGCAGCGAGUCAGGGAUUGAGCAUUUGAAAAAAGGCAGCAUCGUGAAAAUCCCGAACCUGCACUGCAAGAUGCAUCGUCAAUCUGGUUCUGUAGAGAUUUUCUGGGCGAAUAAGGGAACAGCGACGCAGAACUUUAGAGAGAGGAAAAUUAGCCCAGUAAUUGAUGUGGAUAUCAAGGCGGAAAUUGAAAGGAAGAUUAUGGAGCUGAGGGCAAAGGAGACCGCUGUAACUGGAAUCGAAUAUUUCGAUUCCGAGCCAGAACCGGAAGCGGAGCUGGAAGUCGAGCCUCAGCCAGCAUCUGCAGUCCCCUCCGGAAAAGUACCAGAAACGAAACAAGCGUCCAUUCCCCUCACCAAUCAGACUAGUCGUCCCGCCCUCUCAACCACCGACUCUUCCGCCACUGCAAUAAGCACCAUCAUCCCUAUGACGCCCCUCGUACAACCGGCCGAUUGCUGGCGCGCGCUUCAUACCAUCUACCGCCACCCUACCAAACACCCUCUCUCCACGUUAUCCGACAUAACCGAGUUCAGGGAACCAGCCAAGCUGCGAACGAUUGCCAAAGUGGAUGAUAUCUUUUCCCGGGAAGAAGUAGGCGAGAGGGAGAUGUUGGUGCAUGCUUGGUGCAAGAAUUGUAAUAAGUGCUUUCAAUCAAAUCUAAUGUCGUGUGGAAACUGUGGAGAUGUCGAAGGGAAGCAAGUGGAGUGGAGGUAUAGGUUUUAUCUGUUGCUUAUGGAUAGGCAGUCGGAUUUGACAGUAUUUUGCGGGGAAGAAGCAGAAGAAUGGUUGCCGCCACUUCCGCCGUACGAACCAACCACAAACCCCAGAGAUAAACAGAAAACCAAGCAACGCCUGGAACAGUGCUGUAAGGAGGCAAGGGAUAUCUUGAUGGGUAAAGAAGGUGAUGAUGGGAGGAGACCACGUCCAUGGAUCGAUUGGACAUUGGAGCCGUAUAUUGUCAAGUAUGGCAAGGUUGUGCAGAACAGGAUUUUCGGGAUGAAGAGAUCAGGCUACUAAGCGUCGGAUAACAGAAUAGAUAGCAGCGGAGGUCAAGGGGAAAAGAAAGGUUGGAGGAUGAGCAAAUGAUUCAUCAUACAGAUAUCCUUGCGUUCUGCUGCCUGGUUUCUGAUGCUGGGGCUGGGCCUUUUGUACACAUUUUUCUUCUACAAUUGUAAUAAUUUUUUAAUGUCCAGUUUUUCCUGUCGUUCGUCGUCGUGCUCGAUACUGUUAGGGCCGGGAAUCCAGAGGGAACAGGGGAAUUCUUAAUUUAUUAAAUGCAGUCCCCAUGGGGAUUAGAAAUCGUCGCUUAUCUCCAUACCCGACAACUAGACAUGAAUAGGUGGC